AUGCUCUCUGUGCUGGUCUGCCUCAUUCCUACGGUCAUAGCUUCGACAUUCUUGAUUCCAUACUUCAGUGAUCCGUACAAACUUCGAGCAUACCCUGGACCAUUCCUCGCGAAGUUCACAUCUGUUUGGGCCUCUUGGGUCAUCAACCACAACCGAUGGUCAGAGACUGUGGAUCUUCUGCAUCGUAAAUACGGCCCUAUCGUUCGCCUCGGCCCUGACAGCGUCUCUAUUGCCGACCCUUCUGCCUUCGCAGUCAUCUACGGCCACUCAUCUGGUGCAUUGAAGGCACCGUUCUACGACGCUUUUGCAAAUCACAGGAUCAGGGACCUAUUCAACACCCGCGACCGUGCUGAGCAUUCGCGCAAGCGUCGCGUCGAGGCACACAUUUUUGCGCCUCAAAGUAUCCGGGCAUUGGAGGAUACUGCUCGUGUGCAUUUCGAGAUACUCGUGCGUCAGUGGGAUGCGAUGUGCGCACAUGCAGAGAAGGCAGGACGUGGAAGUGCCGAAGGGGCAAUCGGUACAGUUCCCUGGAAGGUGCAUGACGGCAGAGUCUUUUUCAACUGCAUGCUUUGGUUCAGCUUUUGGUCAUUUGAUACGAUUGGUGACCUUGCAUUUGGACAUCCAUUUGGCAUGCUCGAGACGGGGAAGGAUACAGCUCAAACAGUCAAGUCCGACGUUAGAGGCAUGGAGGCCAUUGCUCAGGCCACCUCCAACUCGGAGAAGACGAAAUUAGAGCUGGUAGAUAUUCCUGCAAUUGAGGCGCUCACUGCACGCGCAGAUACCCUCUUUGUUGUGGCGUAUCUCCCAGCAUGGCUUCAGCCCAUUGUUGGCCAUCUUCCGAGCUUGCAAUCCGGUUAUAAUGCUGCUCCAAAGCUUGCGGGUCUGGCUGUCGCAGCCGUAGCUAACAAAUUCGCGUCAAAAACCGACCGUGCGGACAUGCUCUCGAAGCUUUUGGAGGGAAGAGACAAGAAUGGAAAUCUCUAUGGUCCGGAAGAGCUGAGUGCCGAAACGUGGCUCCUGAUAAUUGCCGGUGGAGACACGACUGCGAAUACCUCGUGCGCGACAACUUACUAUCUCGCGCGCAAUCCCCGGAUCCAAGCAAAGCUGCAGGCUGAGUUGGACACAGCACUCGACGGCAUCGAUUCCGAUGUGGCAUCUUACGAUGCGGUGAAGGACCUGCCGUACCUCGGUGCCGUCAUUAACGAAGGUCUUCGCCUGCACGCAACAGUGGGCGUAGGCCUUCCUUGCGUUGUCCCUCCUGGUGGACUGACAGUCCUCGGACACCACCUCAAGGAAGGGUCGGUUGUGAGCUCGCCAAUUUACUCUCUUCAGAGGAGCGAGGCGGUAUGGGGCGAGAAUGCACGCGAGUUCUACCCUGAGAGGUGGCUCGAGGCAUCCGCGGACGCGAAGAAGGAGAUGAUGCGAUCGUUUGCGCCGUUCUCUGUGGGUCCAAGGGCAUGCUUGGGGCGAAAUCUUGCGCUGCAGCAAUUGUACAUCAUGUUCGCAACGCUCUUCCGCCGGUAUGAUUUUGUUCUAGAAAAUGACGCACCUCUUGCUGUCCAGGACAGACUCGUGCAGAAGUCGAAGGAGUGUAUCAUAGGUGUGCAGCGGCGAAAGGGACUGGUCUCCCGACAGUAA